AUGGGAAGAUCUCCAUGCUGUGAUGAAAUUGGCUUGAAGAAAGGGCCUUGGACCCCUGAAGAAGAUCAGAAGCUUGUUAACUACAUUGAAAAACAUGGUCAUGCUAGCUGGAGGGCUCUUCCAAAACUUGCAGGACUCAACAGGUGUGGCAAAAGUUGCAGGUUAAGAUGGACGAACUACCUGAGGCCUGACAUCAAAAGAGGGAAGUUUUCCCAAGAAGAAGAACAAACAAUUCUGAAUCUCCAUGGCAUACUUGGAAACAAAUGGUCAACAAUUGCAAGCCACUUACCGGGUAGGACAGAUAAUGAAAUCAAGAAUUUUUGGAAUACCCAUCUAAAGAAGAAGCUGAUUCAAAUGGGUUAUGAUCCAAUGACACACCAACCUCGAACUGAUAUGUUCUCAGGCUUGUCUCAUCUCAUAGCACUGGCUAAUCUGAAAGAAAUCUUGGACCAUCAUCAACCAUGGGAACAAAAUGCUGCAAGACUACAAGCAGAGGCCAUCCAGUUAGCAAGGCUUCAAUACUUACAACAACACCACCUCAUGCAGCCACAAGUUUCAACCGAGGCUGAGCCUAACACAAAUAGUAUGAACAGUACCUUCACAAACAUGGACACCAUUAAUCUUUCUAAUGAUAAGUUUCAAAACACCAUCUCAUCUAUUGGAAUCAACGGUCUGCAAUUCCUCAAUGAUUCCAUCCCUUUCUCUCACAUGCCUGACUUAAAAACAACACCAUUAAAUGACAUGGUCCAAACCCCUCAUGAAUCCAUAGCUUUCUAUCAAGGAGAAAGUUCUCCUAAUUCUCCAUGGCUUCUUUCAUGCUCAAGCACUAAUACUUCAUCUCCUUCCGAUGUGGUUCCACCUGUGACGGAUAUUUCAUUGAAUAAUAUGGUCGAUAAUAAUUGCCCUGCUUCUACUAUUUGGCCUGAACUCAUGCUAGAGGACCCUUUGUUCAAUGUGAUUCCCUAG